AUGGCCUGCAAGAGCCUAGAAAUUGAGGAUCUGGCUGGUAAAACUCUCAACACCGUGAAGCUGGCUGGCCAGAGUCUUGAGAAGCUGGAUGGCCAGAGUCUCGGUACAGAGAAGCUGGAUGGCCAGAGUCUCGGUACAGAGAAGCUGGAUGGCCAGAGUCUCGGUACAAAGAAGUUUGUGGCAAAAACUCUCGUUACAUAUCAACUGGCAGGACCAACUUUCGGUACAGUGAAGCUGACGGCCCAAACUCUCGAUACAGAGAAGACUUUCGGUACAGAGCACUUGACUGCCCAGACUUUCGGUAGAAAGAAGCUAGCUGACCAGACCCUCGGUGCGGAAAAGCUGGCUGGCCAUACUUUCGGUAGAGAGAAGCUCGCGGACCAAACUCUCGGUACAGAGACCCUCGGUACCGAGAAGCUAGCUGUCCAGACUCUCGGUGCAGAAGAGCUGGAGGGCCAUGUUCUUGGUACAGAGAAACUGUCUGGCCAGACUUUCGCUGCAGAGAAGCUGACCAGCCAGACUUUCGGUGCAGAAAAGUUUACUGGCCGGACUUUCGCUACAAAGAAGAUAGAGGACCAGACCCUCGGUACAAAGAAGCUAGCUGGCCAUAUUUUCGGUACGGAGAAGCUGGCUGACAAGACUCUCGGUAUAGAGAAGCUGGCUGGCCCAUCCCUCGGUGCAGAGAAGCUCGCGGCCCAAACUCUGGGUACAGAGAAGUUGGCUGACCAGGCUCUCGGUACAGAAGAGCUACUUGGCAAGACUUUCGGUGCAGAAAAGUUGAUUGGCCAUACUGUCGGUACAAAGAAGAUAGCUGACCAGACCCUCGGGAAGCUAGCUGGCCAGACUCUCAGUACAGAAGAGCUGGCUGUCAGGAAUCGUGAUACAGGGAAGCUGGCUGUCCAGAAUCUCGGUACACAGAAGUUGGGUGGCCAUACUCUCGGUACAGAGAAGCUGGCUAGCCGGACUCUCAGUACAGAAGAGCUGACUGGCCAGACUUUCGAUUCAGAGAAGCUGGCUGACCAAAACCUCAGCACAAACAAGCUGGCUCGCCAGAAACUCGGUACAGAGAUGCUGGCUGCCAGACUCUCAGUACAGAAAACCCAGCUGUCUAAACUCUCGGUACAGAGAAGCUGGCUGGCCAGACUUUCUGUACGGAAAAGCUGGAUGGCUAGACUUUCGGUGCAGAGAAGCUGA